AUGUCUUCCCAAGCUCCCCCACCAACCCGCCGCCUGUACAACGGCUCCUGCCACUGCGGCUUCCAAAAAUACCAAAUCUACCUCACGCUGCCUCCGCCAAUCAUCUCCGCCAAGCCACCCACGAACGAGACGCCGCGCCUGCGAAAGUGCAACUGCACGACCUGCCACAAGAUGUCCUUCUUCCACGUCCGCGUCCCGGACCCCGUGAACGACUUCCGCCUCCUCUCCCCUCUCGAUCCGCAGAAGGAGUUGAGCGAUUAUAAGUGCUUUGCAGCGCGGGUACACUGGUAUUUCUGCCCGAAGUGUGGGGUUCGGUGUUUUACGUUUACGGGGGAGUCGCAGGUGAAGGAGGUUGAGAUUGAGGGGGAGAAGGUGAAUGUUUGGGCACCGAAGGAGCCGUGGGUGGAGGGGACGGACAAUGGGUAUUUGAGUGUUAAUGCUGCGACGUUGGACGCAAGACAGGAGGGGCUGGAUUUGAGGGAGUGGCAUGAGAAGGGGUGGAUUGCUUAUUUGGAUUGGCUUGGAGAGAAGCCUGGGGAUAAUGGGGAGGAUAGACUUGGGGUACCGCAUGUUGGCGGGAUGUAUUGA